CUUGAUCUUUCCAGCUCUUUAGUUCCAGAAAAAGAAAAGUGUAAUUUUUAUGAGCCUAUUUGGCGAGCGGAGUACUUACAAGACGACACUUACAACCAUGUGGUUGCCCAGAUGUGUAUCAGUAUCAUAGCAGCCCUACCGACGAUUCUUCUAAAUGCGCUGGUCAUUUUUGCCGUGGUAACGAGGCGCCGACUGCAAAACAACUCUACCAUACUUCUGGCUUGUCUAGCUGGAGCCGAUUUUUUGAUAGGGCUUCUUGCUCUACCGUUUGCCUUCUUGUUAGGCCUGAAGCAACUCCUUGGUGUGGGGCCAUUCUGUCCGCUAGAAAAAGCAUUUAUCGUGAUAACUACGAUGGGAAUCAAUGCUUCGUGCAGUCAUCUUGCCGUGAUCAGCAUAGACCGCUAUAUAGCUAUAAAAUACCCCUUGAGGUACCGGGAUAUUGUCACAGAAACGCGGAUAAUAACAAGUGUUGUUCUCGCUUGGGUUUUCACGUUACUGGUGAUAAUCAAUGAACUUGUUCUGGCUCUAAUAGACAGCGAAAGCAUCUACCCGAUUUAUUCGCAAGUGAACAUUUUGAUACAACUUGUUGUUGCGACUCUCUUCAUUGCUGCAAUCUCAGGGUCUUACGGUUACAUUUACAAAGAAACACGACGACAAGUUAAACGCCUCAAAGUCGAACAACUGCCUCAGGAAGAAAUCAAAAGGAUCAAGAAAGACAGAAAGGCCGCCACUACUCUGGCAAUCAUUCUAAUCGCUUUGGUAAUCACUUAUUUACCAGGAAUAAUAGUGGGGGUCCUGACUUCUCUUCCAAGUAGUAUCGUGGCACCGCCGCGUUUCAUAUACAUCAUUUGGAGCUGGGUAGGAAUUACUUUGAUGUUAGGUUCCCUGUUUAACCCUAUUAUUUACUGUUGGCGAAUGAAGAAACUACGCCGUGUAUUUCUCGAGAUACUACAUUUAAGACAACCUGAAAACACUCGGCCAGAAACAGAAGUGAGAGAAAUACAACGCCAUCAACCUGGACCCAGUACAAACCAGGCUUUCUCGCUGCCCACAAAUACGCAACCAGUUUUGUUGCCGGGUCCUAAACUGCAAGCCGAACACAUCACUAGCAUCGAAGACGCCAAAGAGUACUAG